AGCAAUCCUCGCUCCGGCCGUCUAGCUUUUUUAGCCGCCGAGCAGUCGAUCAAGCAAAGCUGAUCGUCCGGUAGGUCGAUCGUGUACCCUCACGGUGCGAUCUCUGCGAUUUUUCUCGGAGAAAUAUGGGGUGGUCGACCUCGACACCGCAACGCGUGGGCGUUGCCGCCCUAGACGCGGUGAUGGGCACACCGGCGACGCGUAAGAAUCAGAGAACAGCAGCCACUAACGGCGACUCAAGCUCCCGCGCAAGCAGCGGCCGGUUCCAGCGGCUUGAGGUGCUCGGCGCAGGAACAUUCGGCGUCGUCUACCGGGCGAGGGACCGCCGCACGGGUGAGAUCGUGGCGGUGAAGUGCCUCCGUGCGAGCGACGGCGCCGGCGACGCCGAACGCUACCUCUUCGACUUCGCCAGCGAGGUCAGUGCUCUCGAGGCGUACAGCGGCCACCCGUCCAUCGUUCAGCCGCGUGGCUCCGGCCAACUUGACAGCGGGGCUUUCCUCGCCAUGGAGUUUGUGGGGCCGACUCUCAGGCACGUCAUGAAGCAUGUCCGCUUUGGGAGGAGGCACACCGAGCUGGAGGUUCGUCUUCUCAUGAGGCAGCUUCUCGCCGGCGAGAGGAGGAUGAAUCGUCUCGGCCUCAUGCACCGGGACCUGAAGCCGGAGAACGUGCUUGUGGACAGCCACGGGAACCUCAAGAUCUGCGACCUGGGGCUAUCGUGCAGCAUGGCCGACGGGCCGCCCUACUCUAAUCCUAUUGGGACACGGGGAUAUCGCGCGCCAGAAAUCCUCCUCGGGUCCACGGAUUACGACGAGCGUGUCGACUCAUGGGCUCUCGGUGUCAUGAUGGCCGAGCUCCUCGCCGGCCAGCACCCUUUCCAUGGGAGGUCGGACAUGGAUCACCUCAGCGAAAUCUUGGCCCUUCUUGGCAUGGCAGACAUCAAGGAGUGGUCGGGCUACGAUGGGCGGCGGCUACCUAGCGGAUGCCAACCAGGAAGCUUCUUGCGCAACAAGUUCCCAUGUCCCGCUGAGGCCAGGAUAAAAGGACCGCCAACACUGUCGGAGGCUGGUUUCGAGGUCUUGAGCGGUCUUCUACAAUGCAACCCGGAGAAGAGGCUCACGGCGGAGCAAGCGCUCAAGCAUCGGUGGUUCAAGGACGCCAACCCUAGAGCUACCAGGAGUUGAUCGAUUAGCAUACUUUUAGCACAUCUAAUUUGUGAAAUUAGAAAUGCAAGCAUCGUACAUGAAUUAACGAAUGAGUAUGGAUGAGGUGUGAGAUAAGUAAGCAGGAGUUGUUCGUGUGGAUCACCACCACACACAUAUUGUAACGCCUGAUUGCAAUUUGGUUUCUUGCUCUUAA